AAAAUUGUGUCUUUAUACUUUUUCAAGUGCUCCAAUAUGAUUGAGGUUAACUAUCCAGCGUUCUCGAGCCUGCGACAGACGUCGCUGGAUGGACUGCUGCCGCGGGCGCCAAACCUACUGCUGGCGCGCCCCAGCGCCAGUGAGACGAACCUGCGCAAGAUCGCGCUCGGGGUGGACCCCGUGCCACGCCCCGGCUCCGCCCUGGGACUCCUGCAAGCGUCCAGCGUGGUGAGCAGCUCCGGACUGCGCUCCUCGGCACCCGUCGUGUCCGGCGGCGGCUACACGUCUGCUUCCGGCGUGCGGUCGCCACCGCUGUCCGACAUCGCGUCCUGUCUGCCGCCUGACCUGCGCCACUUGCUGGGCGGCGCCAACCUCGUCGACAGCUUCCCCUACAGCAAGAAGUUGCCAAGCUACAUGCGGACAUUGAAAGAACAGUUGAGAGACGAAAUCAAAUCAUCUGCAUCGGAUCAACGACAUUUUGCUUCGAUCAGCGAAAAGGAAAGGGAAGCUCAAAUCCGCAGAGAGAGAGAGAAGUUCGAAUCUCUCAGGGAUCCUCUUAAAUCUUUCGACGUGCAACGAAAGCUUCAACAGCCAGCGAUGGGGAGAUCUCGGAAACUGCGGGGCCAUCGUAGGCAGCUCUCGGAUCCAAAAAUCCACCCGCAAUUUUCACCGAUUAAAGAAGACAGCGAUUUUGAAAGUGAAUAUGACCGCGGGUAUCUGAACUACUCGCACCCAUCGCUGAAGCCGCCGUACAAGGCGUACGAGUACGAGAGCAUCAGUGAUGCGGGGCGGCGCAGUGACUGGGACCCGUCGCAGUCGUACCUGGCAUCGUCCUACGCGGCGGCGGGCGGCGCACUGCGCGAGACGGCCAUCAACAGCGUCCUGGACGAGGACCGCUUCUUCGCGAGCCCCAGGUGCGACUGGCACCUCCGAGCUCCAAGAUUCUAG